AUCCACAAAGCACAAAUAACGCGUCUUCCCCACCUCGUCAAUUGCCCCUAGUUGGCGACUACUCGUCUUCCCGUCAUCGUCGUUUCUCCAGCAUCCAUCCAUCUUCAACGUUUCUUACUUCGCUCCAGUUACAAUCCCUAGCCCUUUCGAACCUAACCCCACAUCAUAAUUCUGUAACAUGGCCGAUCGUCCAAACCCUAGACAUCUUCAACGCAACAUCAUCAUCCAGUUACUCGCCCUUUUCUUCCGCUCCUCCGCUCUAUUCUCUCCUCCUGACAACCACCUCAUCUCCUGCGGAUCCAUCUCCCCAAUCACGCUCCACGACCAUCGCAUCUUCCUCCCCGACGCCACUUACCUCAUUUCCAGUAAUCCAAAAAUCUCCAUCUCCGCCGAUGCUAAUACCUUUUUACAAUCCAACUCAUACGCCUCUGUUUACCAAUCAGCUAGGAUUUUUACCGCUCCUUCUUCUUACGAGUUCGACAUCAGAAGCAAGGGCAUACAUAUCAUCCGCCUUCAUUUUUACCCCUUCUCCUCCGGUAGCCACAACCUCGCCUCCGCUCGGUUCCACGUAUUGGCCUCCGGCUUCGUUCUGCUCAGCAAUUUCACCGUUUCCUCUGAUUAUCCGUUGAAGGAGUUCAUGUUGAGGGUGGAUAGGGAAAAGCUCGUGAUCUUCUUCGUGCCUGUGGAUUCAUCCUCUUUUGCCUUUGUGAACGCCAUCGAGGUCAUCUCUGCGCCGGUAGACCUUGUAGAAGAUAAGGCGAGGCUGGUUCAAACUGAUCAAGUUUUGAGCUUUGAUGGGUUAUCGAAGCAGGUGAUGGAAACCCUGUUUCGGAUUAAUGUUGGUGGUCCGAAGGUGACACCGUUUAAUGAUACUCUGUGGAGGACAUGGGUUCCUGAUAAUGAAUUCUUCCAUUCGGAUUUUGUUACCAAAAUCGUAUCUUUUAGUGGUAGGAUUAUGUAUCGGAAGUAUAGCGCCAGCCGUGAAGUAGCACCUGAUAGUGUGUAUAACACUGCAAGGAUUAUAGAUGUUGUUAAUUCUUCUGAGGUAAGUUCUAGAAUG